GCGCAUGCGUACGAUGUACUCUACGGAUGCCCGCACAGAAACACGCUUUCGGGCUGAACUGGAACCCGAGUCCAAAGGUGGAGUUACAGUCCCAACACGAAACCCGGUGCAGAUAAGCUACUAUCGGAUUAAACGAGCAAUUCAGGUUGUACACAAGACCACAAUGAGUUGAUCACAAAUGGCGUGGGACAGCACUGAGACAAAAUAGGACACACUUUCCCACAAUGGGGAGCCACAGGAACGGUUUCAAGAAGGAAAGCUACAUUUUGUCGGUGGACGUGGGCACAACGUCAAUCAGAUGCCACGUCUAUGACAAGGAGGCAAAGAUCCAAGGAUCAUGCUCUACAAAGGUUGUGCUCCUCUAUCCAGAGGUAGGACAUGUGGAGAUGGACCCAGAUGACCUGUGGAAAGGGUUUAUCUCUGUGGUUAAAGGAGCCGUGCAAGAUGCAGGAAUACAAAUGCACCAGAUAGAGGCCCUUGGGAUCUCCACUCAGCGCAGUACCUUCACAACAUGGGACAGGAGAACUGGGGUUCCUUUCCACAACUUCAUCAGCUGGCAGGAUCAGAGAGCUGCAGACCUGGUGAAGUCCUGGAACAGAUCCUGCACCAUGAAAGCAAUCCAUGGUGCAAUGAAGGUCCUCUACUUUGUUACCAGGCAGAAACGGUUGCUUGCAGCAAGUCUCAUCGUCUUCUCCACUCAGCAUGUCACUUUUCGCCUCGUCUGGGUCUUGACACAUUACAAACAGGUUUGUCAAGCAAUAGAUGAAGGUUACUGCUGCUUUGGGACAAUAGACAGCUGGCUCCUGUUUAAACUCACAAAAGGACACCUGCAUGCCACCGAUUACUCUAAUGCCAGUUCAACAGGGAUUUUCGACUCUUAUCAGAUGUGCUGGAGUGGGUUUCUUUCCUCUCUUGUGUCCCUGCCGCUCUCUAUUUUCCCCAAAGUAGAAAAUACGGGCCAUGACUUUGGUUCCACAGACCCAUCCAUCUUUGGCGUGCCCAUUCCUAUCAUGUCAGUGAUGGCAGACCAACAGGCAGCCAUGUUUGGAGAGUGCUGCUUUGAUGUUGGUGAUGUGAAGAUCACCAUGGGAACAGGCACCUUCAUGGACAUAAACACUGGGAGCAAACCACAUACAUCUGUAGCAGGUCUGUAUCCUCUUGUGGGGUGGAAGAUCGGCUCAGAGGUGGUGUACCUGGCAGAGGGAAAUGCAGCCGACACAGGGACCGCCAUCAAAUGGGCACAGAAGCUGGAGCUCUUCUCUGAUGUCAGAGAGACCAGCACCAUGGCUUACAGUGUCAGUGAUUCAGAUGGAGUGUGUUUUGUUCCUUCCUUCAGCGGCCUGCAGGCUCCUCUGAAUGAUCCAAAAGCAUGCGCUUCCUUCAUGGGCCUAAAACCAUCUACUACUAAACGCCACCUGGUCCGGGCCAUUCUGGAGUCAGUUGCCUUCAGAAAUAAGCAGCUGUAUGAGACAAUGUUAAGAGAAACCCGUAUUCCCAUCACAAAGAUAAGGGUGGACGGUGGUGUUUCCUCCAAUGACUUCGUCAUGCAGCUGACCUCAGACUUGUUUGGUAAAAAGAUAGCCAGACCCCAGCACAUUGAGAUGUCAUGUCUCGGGGCUGCUUUUGUCGCUGGACUUGAAGUCGGUUUCUGGAGGACGCGUGAGGAGCUGAAAAAGCUGCAGAGUGCAGACGAUGAGUUUUUGCCCCGAUGUGCAGACAAGGAGUGCACCGGCAGCCCAAACGGGGAGUACGUCCCCAUCCUCCAGAGCUGGGAGAGAGCUCUGCGGCGCUCCAUGAAUUGGUACAACAAGCCUUGACACUUGAAGCACACGCACGGAGAGUCCAUGGGGUGACCAUGAAGGAUGGAGAUGUCAGAUCUGAUGACAUUUGAAAGUAGACCGAUGAUUUUUGUUAAAUUUUUUUUUAAAGAAAAAUUACUGUUUACAAAAUAACAACCAUUAGCUGUGAGUCAAAUUUUAACGGGAAAAAAUAAAUCCUGGGCUACUUAUGUAAGGAAAACAUCGUUGCCAACAGUUACUUAGUCGUCCUAGGGAACAUGACAGCAGAUUUUUUUAUUUUUCCCGAGAUCUGUUUUCACUGCCACUUGUUUGUCUGCAAGUUUGCACAUAAUCUACCUAGCUUAGUUUUUUGAAACUUGUUGAAGAGUUGUAGCACAGUUAAGGAAGGAAACCAUUCUGGACCACAGCAGGGCAUUGAUCUUGUCAUAGGAUACACUCUCCAAGUGCCCCUCUAAUGUAAAGCUAAAGGACAAAUGCACUGACAUGAUGCUGCAGCACUGAUUAAUACAGUUGAAGGCACGCUUGUACUAACUUCACACAGCAGUGCAGGUCAGAUCCAAGCCAAAGGAUUCCCCAGCCACAGCCUUGAAUUGCUCUCCACAAACAGGAGUUGCUGUUCCCUGACUUGAUUUCCUCUUCUUGCACACAGCAGCUGGUUUACAAGCACAUUUCAUUCAUUCCAGGAUGGACGUCACUGGUGCUGCUUCAUAUUUCAGUCGGUAUUUUUUUUUUUUUCCGCAGCGGAAAUAAGAUUUUUACAUUUUCCCACAUGGGGGUGCUGACGACCACCUUUUACAGCUUUUUAAAAAUCAUGAGGUCGCCAUAGCAACCGCAUGCCAAAUGUUCAUCAGCAGCUAUAGAGUUAAAAGCGUUCAUCCCAGAUUCACACAUGAGCCUCUGUUCAUGACACCUCAGACUGCACAAAAGGAAGCCCAGAUCCGAUAUGUGCAGCUUAAUGUUUCACUUUUGUAGCAGCUGCC